AUGGCUUCUCUUCCCUCGGAACCAAAUGGACUCGAGUGCUGUGCUGGGACAGAUGGGACUUGCCAGAGCACGGUGAUCUGCCUGGGGAUUGAAGACCACUGCUUCAUCUCAGAUGAUGGGACCAACGUCUACCAGGGCUGUUCCUCGAGAAGUGUCUGCGAGAAUCCAGGAAACUUCAGCUCUUUCUUGCAAAUGUCGCUGAGCCGGUGGACGGAGUGCUGUCAGGGGAGCUUCUGCAAUCAACAGAAUCUGACGAUGACCUGCCGGAGCUGCUCUUCUACUGCGAUCAACUACUACUGCCCGAAUGCAACGAUCCAAUGUCCUUCUCAGUGGAGAGUUUGUGCGACUUCUGUAGAGUUGUACAUGUAUUAUCAGUUCAAUGAGCUUCUCUACUCCUACAAUGGUUACUCCAGUUCUCCAUAUUUUUCUCGUCACUGUGUGACUCCAGACAUCUGUAAUGGCAGCGGAUCUGUUAACUACGGAGAUGAGAGCUGGACAAAGCUUGUGGAGUGUUGCACUUCUGACAUGUGUAACAAUGAAGGAGCCUCCGUACUGCUUUGUCACAACUGUCAGAUUACCAGUCCUUGGGAAUCUUGUGAAAACAAGUCUGACUCCAUUGUGCCCUGCGAUUCUUUGUCCUCGAUGUGCAGUUCUGGACAGGAUGGAAAUGAGGUUCAGGAGAAAGGACACAGAGGAGCCAUCAUCAUCAUCAAGCAGGAAAGGCCUUCACUCUCUGGAUGUGAGCAGAUUGGCCUGGAAUCAAAAUGUAGAAACGUAGACAACCUGAAGAGACAGACUCAGAAUAAGCGUGAAGAAGAUAACAACGUCAGCCUGCAAGAGCUGAGGUGA